UUUGUAUAUGUUUGAAAUAUCUAGAUCUCAUUCUUAUUUUUGUUUUUUCAAGUCUUAAACAUUUUUUAGAAUUUAUGUAUGUUUUCGACACAAUAUUAUAGUAACUUUGAUGAAUAAUGAACUGCUCUAAGAAAAGUCCUCGUAAGACUGAAUAAAUAAAAAUGCCGAAUGAAAUUUAAGACACUAUGACCUCUCUAAUUGAAAAUAAAAAUGAAUUUGCUGCGCCAGUUAGUCACAGCGUGGGAUCUCUCUCCAGCUGCAAAAUGCUAUCAACACAGUAUAUAAUGAUUCUGGUAAUGGUGCGGAACACCUUGUUUUUAGUAUUAGGCAUAAUUAUAGGCGUGCGACUCACGGAUUUUGUAGGCUACCUGAAGCUGUGGAGGAAUAACGACUUAGGGGCGAGUGAAAAGGCGGCGCUGCUGCAGUAUCCGGUGGCCACGGAGGAGCACCUGGCCAUCUGGCUGAGGCGGGAGGUGCGAAUCCUGUGUCUGGUGCUCACCAUGCCAUCUUCGCACAGCACGAAGGCAGCUCGUGUCAAUCGCACGUGGGGAGCACGCUGCAACAAACUCAUCUUCAUGAGCACCAAAACGGAUCCCCAUCUGAAUAUUCUCAAGAUUAACAUAUCCGAAUCUCGGAAUAAUCUGUAUGCCAAAGUACGCACUGGGAUGGGGUAUGUCCACAAGCAUCACUUGAAUGAGUACGACUGGUUUCUGAAGGCCGAUGAUGACACUUAUGUUGUAAUGGAGAACUUGCGUCUGUUCCUCUACCCCUAUGAUCCCGAAUCGUCUGUUUACUUUGGCUGUCGCUUCAAAUCGUCUUAUUCCCAGGGCUACAUGUCCGGUGGCGGAGGAUAUGUGCUAAGUAGGGACGCCCUGCGUCGUCUGAACUUAUUCGCCCUGAACAGCACCACCACCUGCAAACUGAACGGCGAUUCCGAGGACGUUCAGAUUGGACAUUGCCUGCAGGACGUGGGUGUAGUGGCUGGAGAUACGCGGGACUUUCAAGGACAUCACCGCUUCCUGCCCGUCAGUCUGUGGACUUUAAUUCCCUUCAUCCCAUAUGGCUCCUGGAUGGAUAGCUACUUCUUCCAUCAGCCAAAUAGAAGCGAUUGCUGCUCUGCAUCGGCUAUAACCUUUCAUUAUGUCAAAGACAUCGAGUUUGAGUUUUUCGAAUUCUUUUUGUACUACCUGAGGGUCUUCGGACUGCAUAGGACACAAAGGGCACUUCCUUCGCGUUUGGGCUUCAGGCAGAUGAACGAGCGUCUGCAAUAUUGGGCCCACCAAGUCGCCGACCACAAAGGAUAACUUAAGAUGUCAAAGAUGAUCCUGCCAAUCAACACGUUACCAAGCAUCAAGAUUUUAACCAUUAGCACAAUUAAAUGAAUAUUAUUUUUGAAUCGUAUUGUUUUUAAUUGAAAAUAUGUACUUGUCUAUUUUUAAUCGCUCGUCAAAAAUAUCAGUUAUUUUAGAAUUCAUUAAUUAUUAUUAAUAACCUCGUCAUUAUGUGUUAAAUAUAUUUAAAUAAUAACCUUAGCGAGAACUAUUUCCGAUAAAGAUAAUUAAUAACUUUAAACAAUUUAUAAGGUAAUUUUCCAAGCAGAAGUACAAACAAUUUUCAGAAGAGCUUUAAAAAUUGAUAAUAACAUAAUUUAUUUAUAUGUGUAUGAUGCGUUAUGUUAAAAGAAUUGAUUGUUAAAUUAUUUCUUGUAUUUCAGCCCCACGCCUGCUGCUCCAGUUCCCUGAUCAGCUUUCACCCGGCCAGGGAGUAUCCCUUUGACCUCUGGGAGUUCUUCCUGCAUCGCCUCAGUGUUUUUGGCCACCCAAUGGGGGCAGUGGAGCUGCCGCCGCGUCUGAACUUCCGGGAGAUGCAUGCCCAGCUGCGAUAUUGG